AUGGACAUUCCUCAGGCUGAGAAAUUUGAUAAUGAUAUUGAAACAUCAACCUCUGAAGCCAAAACUGUUUCUAAUAUCAAAAGCUCCAAAACUAAAAAUGUGAUUAAAUCUGGAGAUGCCACGCGAGAAAAAAUAAGGGAAAUUCUUCAAGAGGCGUUCUUUAGGGUUUCAAGGGAGACUGAUGGAGCAAUCAUGGAUAAAGCUAAAGCAUGUGACCCUAUUAGGGAUUCUAAGAACCCAGAUUUCCAAAGAAAAGUUUUGCUCAAAGAAUUGGCUCUGAAACGGCUCAUCGACAUCAGAAGAGAAGACAUAGCUAGUAAUAGAAGGAAGAAGGAGAACGAGAAGAUCAAAAGAAAAGCUUUGUUCGAGUGUGAGCAUGGACAGAAACCAAAAGCCACAACUGAUCAGUCCGUGUGUGAAAAGUGGAGGAAAAGAGAGACCACCUUUUACCAGAUGCAGACUCCUAGUGUUGAUGAACCUAUGACCACUUAUGUCACGCGUGUUUAA